AUGGCCAAAGUUAUUAGAAACCAGUGGGUGUACAAAAAAACUGGACACUGGUACCGAUAUCUUCCUCGUAGAAAUGAUAUCUCAAAAGAAUUCAAUUAUGAGAAGCACAUGGUUGGGCCAGAACAUUUUCCUGAAAAGAGAGAAGGUGAACCACCAAAACUCUGGUUAGUAUGGAUAUAUAAGAAUUAUUCGACAAAUUCGCCCUAUAUCAAAAAAAAAAUUGAAAACUUGUUUGGUAAAGAUGUUGAACCUGGUAAAAUGUAUAUUUUCAAAAAUACUGCUUCACAGAAUACAGAAUUAUGGCCUUUGAAGCAUAUCAUUGAAGUGCGUGGACUGUCAUUUCCCAAUGGUGAACCAACAAUUGAUGAUGUGAACGCCUUGGAAGUCUUUCCAGAUGGAAGAUGCGUAGUCGACAAGCAUUUAGCUUAUGAACCGUCUCAGUUGAAUGUGAUGGAUCCGCACAAGCAGAUGAGUAACAGCUAUCUGUGUUCACGACUGAGAAGUCGGUACAACAAAUGUCAAGAUAUAUUUGAAACAAAUGUUUAUACGAGGAAGAAUGUCACACUAGUCGAAUGA